GGAGAUGUGAGCCCACCACAUCUGUUGGGUUUGGCUCUGAAUAGGAGGAAAGGAUGAAGCUAACGGCGGCGUUUCUGGUUCUGUCCAUGGUUGUCCUGAUGGCGCAGCCCUCAGAGGGCUUUUUAGGACUGCUGUUCAAUGCAAUCCCUCACAUCAUUAAAGGGAUUUCUAGUCUGGCUGGAGGCGUGGAGGAGCAGGCAGUCCAGCAGGAAGUGGACCAGGACGUGCAGCAACUGGACCAGGACCUGCAGCAGGAAGUGGACCAGGACGUGCAGCAACUGGACCAGGACCUGCAGCAGGAAGUGGACCAGGACCUGCAGCAACUGGACCAGGACCAGCAGCAGGAACUAGAUCAGCUGGACCUGGACCUGCAGCAACUGGACCAGGACCAGCAGCAGGAACUAGAUCAGCUGGAGCAGAAAAAGCUGAACCAGAAGUUGGUCAAGCUUUUACAUAAAUAAAAAAAAGAAGCCAUUCUGAAAAUACUUCUUUGCUGCUUAAAAGCAUGAACUUGGCCAAGCCUUUCUCAAAAAUACAUUAUUGCUUUUGCAGAUUUUAUAAACUGUACAAAAUGUUCAACAUGUUUCAAUUCUUAGUUUUAAGACUCUCGCUCUCCUGUUUUAUUAAAACUCGUUUUGAUGAAAAACUUCUCUGGUUUCUGAUAUUAGAGAUGUUGUCUCAGUCUUUACUUCAGGAACAUGAUGAAAAACAAUCUAACACAUAUUUCAUCUCUUUGUACUU